AUGGCGUCCACACCUCAAACACCGACACCAAUCCAUCUAGACGGCACGACCCUCGAAGGUGGAGGCCAGCUCCUACGGGUAGCCCUUGGUCUCUCGAGCCUAGCCAGAAAGCCAAUCCACGUCAGCAAAAUCCGGGGCAAGCGGUCUGGCGGCGGAGGACUCAAAGCUCAACAUUUGACCUGUGUGCAGUGGCUAGGCCAAGCAAGCAAUGCGAAAAUCAACGGUGCAGAACUCAAGAGCAAGGAAAUCACCUUCAUCCCAUCCAAGAUCGUCGAACAAUUCAACAGUGUACUCGAUGCUGGCGAAGUGCGGAUCAAGCAGAGCACCCCCGGAAGUGUCAAUCUAGUUCUCCAAGCCAUCCUACCGUACAUCAUCUUCUCUGGAGUUCAAACGCCUAUACGUAUAUGUAUCGAUGGAGGCACCAACGUUUCCAAUUCUCCAUCUAUCGACUACGUCGCGCAGGUACUCAUACCAACGUUGGAGCUUGUCGGCAUACCACACAUCGGCAUUCAGGUCCAUUCGCGGGGCUGGUCGCAGGGAAGUGCCACUGUUGGCAGCGUCACGUACACAAUUUCGCCUAUGAAAGAGAGACUAUCAGCGUUUCAAUUACUCGACAGAGGAGAAAUAGUUAGUGUAGCGGCGACUAUCAUCGCACCCAAAGAUACUGAGCGGCAAUUCCGCGAGGAACUCGAUGGCAUGUUUGAGAGACGCCAAUCUCGGUUCUUCGGCGAUACGGGGGAUCACGAUAAUAGGGUCGAGACUACUUUUGAAGAUUCACACCACGAUAAGCGUUACUAUCUCCUACUAGUAGCUACCACGCCCACCGGCAUGAAGCUUGGCCGCGACUGGCUAUACGAUCGUGGGUUCCGUGCUGGGAAGCUCGAACAGAUCAUCCCUACCAUCGUGAAAAAGGUAUCCUAUGAUGUGUUAACAGAGAUCGAGCAUGGUGGCUGCGUGGACGAGUACCUGCGGGACCAGUUGGUGGUGUUCCAGGCACUCGCUGAGGGAAGAAGUAAGGUGUAUGGGGGAAAGAGGAAUGAUGCGCUGAUGGAACCGAGUCUGCAUGCCAAGACUGCACAGUGGGUAGCAAAGAAGAUAAUUGGUGUGGAGUUUGAUGAUGAAGGUGGAUGCAAAGGCAUUGGAUACUUGUCAGGUAAUGUGGAUAAGAAUGAUGUGACCGGGGAUGACAUUGCGAAAGAUCUAGAGAACAUGAACAUCUCUUCAUGA